UAAAAACGGCGGUUUAAAGGUCCAUUGAAGCGCACUUUGCGUUUGUUAUUGAUAGGUCUUGAAAACGACAACAAUAUUUUUUUGUGCACCAGUUAUAUGUUUUUCAUAGGACUAAUUUUAUAAAAAGAGUGUAGUUUAUAAAUUGUGCCUUAUAUUUUGUCGUGAAUAAAUACCGCAGAUGUGUUGAAUUCGAAUUCAAAGUAAAUAUUCGUUAUUGUAACCUCGAUCAGAAUUCGAAAUAUUUUUGAAAAUGGAAGAAAUUUUGGCAUUACCAGCAGUAAAUGGCCCAGAUGAAGUAUUGGACAUACUUAAUAAGAUUUCAAAUACUCGUUUAGCAGAUGAAAAGUUUUCUCACAAAGUUGAAGAAUAUGAAUCCAAAAUUUGUGAGAUUUCUAAAGAAGUCAAAGCCUUAAAAAAUGCUGUAGAUUCAGAACAACAAGUCCUUGACAGCAAAAUUGCAGAAUUUGAAGAUUACAAUAAUCUCCUUAUGAAUCUUAAAAGAGAUCAUGAUAUCAAGCAAGCAGAAGUAGAUCUAUUGUCACGCAAACGUAACAAACUAGAAAAUGCUACAUUAAGUGUAAAAGAUCAACAAUUGAUCACUACUGGAAAACGCAAAUUGGAACUUUAUAAAAGCUUUACAGGUGUCAGAUGGGACUACUCUUGUACAAACUCGAUAGAAGGAUUUAUUACAAAUAAAAAAGAUUACAUCAAAAAAUUCUGCUUUAAGAAUAAUGAGGACUACAAGACUAUUAGGGAGCAACUGUGGGAAUAUAUAAGAGAAUCUACUGACGGUUACAAGUGGUAAUGAUUU